UACAGAUAUCAAUUCGAAACCAGGUCGGACUAAAUUGACCCGAGUCGCUCCUUACUUUGCACGACGCAUACCUGUUUUCUGAGCUUGAUUUGACUUUCCUUGGAAUGAUGCUGUUGAAGAGCGUAUUCGUGUCGACAGCGCUUAUUGCGCUUGUUGUUGCACAGGGAGGAGGAGGACCUGGGGAUACUACUACGUCGACCCCUGCGGUCACUGAUACUUCAACCACGCUUUCAACGGGUGUACCGACGGGGGUACCUACCUUACCUGGUACUAACACUCUGACAACUGCUACGAAUACGCUUACUACCGCGACGGACACAACGUUCCUACCACCAACUACGACUUCAACGCCUGCACCUCCUACGACAACCGAUGACUCUGGAGGAGGAGGGCAGACAACUGGAGGGCUGUCGACGAGUCGCAACCUCGCGCCUCCAGGAUCGACGUAUACCCCUCCUACGACGAUAGGUUCUUCGACUGGCUUGACGGCGCCUUCGGCGAGCCCGGCGGCAGCUAUGCAGAAUAGGGCGAUGAGUAGUGGGGUUGUUGGUGUUGUUGCGGGUGUGUUGGCUGUUGUUGGGUUGUUGUGAUGUGAGAGACGUGUUUGUCUAACUUUCUUAUAAUCUGCUUUGAUUUUGAUUUUUCUGGACGUCUUGAUUUUGUGUUGUUGUUGGUUAUGCGAGUGUGUUGUGCUCGGAGAGACUUUGAAUACGGACCUUGGCAUAUUGUUAUAUGGACUGUGUUGCAAUUUUUUUAAUAUGUUGGGGCGAUGGUGUUGUUUCGCUUGGUUGGCGUUUGUCAGUGGUCAUGGACGAUUUUUAUAAUAUUUACUGAAUUCAUUUUUCGUGAUUUC